AGCUUUGCAUUCCAAGCUGUUCCCUGCUGGCAUUCCUCCAGUCAGGCACCUAGCACCCGGGGUGGUCGAUAAGGGUGGAGUGCUCUUGUUAAAGCCUCCCUCUUUUUAAAUUGCAUUUCUCAGACACUAUACGUGUUCCCACUGAAAGGACUUUUCACCUGCUCUCUGGGCAAAAGGUAACUGAAAAUGUCAGACACUGAAGAAGUCAUUGAGGAAUAUGAAGGAGAACAGGAAGAAGAAGAAGAAGAAGGCGAGGAAAUCAAAGAAGAUGCAGAAGAAGCUAUAGCAGAAGAACAAGAAGAGCAAGCUAAAGAACCUGAAGAAGGGGAAUCAAAGCCCAGACCCAAGUUGUUCAUGCCCAAUCUGGUGCCUCCAAAGAUCCCCGAUGGAGAAAGAGUAGACUUUGAUGAUAUUCACCGUAAGCGAAUGGAAAAAGAUCUGAAUGAACUACAAGCCCUAAUUGAGGCCCAUUUUGAGAACCGAAAGAAGGAAGAAGAAGAGCUGAUAUUCCUCAAGGACAGAAUUGAACAACGACGAGCUGAACGAGCUGAACAACAACGGAUCCGUAGUGAGCGAGAGAAGGAACGCCAGGCCCGUUUGGCUGAAGAGAGAGCUCGAAAAGAGGAAGAGGAAGCCAGAAAGCGGGCUGAAGAGGAUGCCAGGAAGAAAAAAGCUUUCUCCAACAUGCUUCAUUUUGGAGGCUAUCUUCAGAAGACAGAGAAGAAAAGUGGGAAAAAACAAACAGAGCGGGAAAAGAAGAAAAAGAUCCUCAGUGAGCGCCGUAAACCUCUUAAUAUUGAUCAUUUGAAUGAAGACAAAUUGAGGGAAAAGGCCAAGGAACUGUGGCAGAGCAUUCAUGAUCUAGAGGCUGAGAAAUUUGAUUUACAAGAAAAGUUCAAAAGGCAGAAAUAUGAGAUUAAUGUUCUACGGAACCGCAUUAGUGAUCAUCAAAAGGUGAAAGGUUCCAAGGCUGCCCGUGGAAAACCUGUGGUUGGUGGUCGAUGGAAGUGAAAUGUGGUUCCUGUCUAGACUCUGGAGACAGCAAACCAGUACAUUUGAUCCACUAUCCCAGUCUGUGUGGCCCAGAUAAAUCCACCAACUUUUCUAGAUUAUCCAAAACAAGCUGCUUUCUAAAGGCCUCACUCUGUAGAAUGACUGUAACUGCACAGCACCAGCACUGCACAAUGGAAAUUGCUGCAGCAGGAUUACCCUGUCACUCAAGUUAAUAAAUCUGUAUCUGUAAAUAAAGCAACUCAAAAAGCAAUAAAUACUUUCUCUGCCUGAUA